AUGGCCAGAUCGGAAAGGAGAGCAGGGGAAAAAAAGCAUUGGGAGAAGAAGAAAAAGAAGAAGAAGGAGCAAGGAGAAACGCCACUGGGGAGAGGAGCAAGGAGAAAUACCACUGGGGGUAGGAAAAAUGGCCAGAUCGGAAAGGAGAGUAGGGGAAAAAAAGAAGCAUUGGGAGAAGCAAAAAGAGAAGAAGAAGAAGAAGAAGAAGAAGAAGAAGCAAGGAGAAACGCCACUGGGGGGAGGAAAAAAUGGCCAAAUAGGAAAGAAACGCCACUGGGGGUAGGAAAAAAUGGCCAGAUCAGAAAGGAGAGCAGGGGAAAAAAGAAGCAUCGGGAGAAGAAGAAGAAGAAGAAGAAGGAACCGCAACAAUUUGCGGUUUUGAAGCAGCUGCAUAUCGGAGCAAAGAGGAGCAAGGAGAAACACUAA